AUGAAGGCUCUCAAUUCUCGUUCAGGUAAAGAUUUCAUGCCAACCGAUGAUGAACUUCUUCAAAACUUUCUCUACAACAAAAUUAACAAUAAACCAAUUCCCAAUUAUCUCAACAUUCUCGAACAUGAUUUGUUCGGAACUGAAAAGACUCCUUUGGAUAUAUGGAACGAGUUCGAAGCUUCCUACUCAUAUGGCGGAAAAGACCUGUACUUCUUUACUGCCUUAAAGAAGAAGUCGGCUACGAGCACGCGCUUCGUUCGCACUAUCGGAAACGGUAAUUGGGAAGGUGAAGACACUGGAAAAAGUAUAUUUGCCAAAGACACAAGCAAGCUUCUGGGAAUGAAAAAACGUUUUCGUUUUGAGAAGAGUAACACUCCUCAAGACGGUGGAUGGAUCUUGCACGAAUAUAACCUCCACAAAUCUUUGAUUAACAAUCCUUCUCCGGUCAAUAAUUAUGUACUAUGCAGAUUUAGAAAGAAUUUGAAACCAGAAUCACAGAAUACACCAGCAAAAGCAAGUAUAGCUGAUCAAUCCAAUUCUCAUUUAAGAAAAAUUUCAACAACAAAAAGUUGUUAUAGUCAAACAAAAAGUUGUUAUGGUCAAGAGAGUAAAGGAAAGACUGUGAUGCUUCCUAAACAACAAGAACCUAUCAUUCCUAAACAAGAAGAACCUAUCAUUCCUAAACAAGAAGAAUCACCUGCAGUUAUAUCAGGCAAUAAUGUUUUGGUGAAAAAAUAUAUUAUUUAUGAAAAAGCACCAAUUCAACCGAAUGAUGGUGGAAACAAGAGGAAAUAUGAGGAUGAUAUAGAGUUUGUAUACAAAGGAGUAAAAAGAAAAUGCAUCAGAAGUACUUGGCUUGAAGAGAAAAGAUAUCUUGCACUAAAGACUGUCUUUGAAUAUGAGUACAAUAAGCUAUUUUUUGGAGAAAAUAUUGACCAAAAUUCAAAAAAUGGAGUUGAUAGUAGAAAUUACAAAACUGAGGUGGUUGAAUGUAGCAAUAACAAAACUGAAGUGGGUGAAUGUAGCAAUCAAAAAGAGUGCAACUUUAACAAAGAAGAUGACAGUGAUAUCAUCAUGAACAACGAAGAAGAAGAAGAUGAGAUGUCUUGGCCUGAAUUUUUCGCAAAGCAACUGCUGGAAAUUAAUGGAGGAGAAGGGUUUAUAAAAGAGAAGGAUGUUCAAAUGAUUGACAAUAGUUUUCUUAAAGACUUUUUUCUGGGAAAUAACAUUAUGUAA